CCCAGUAGCCCUGUUUUCAUCUCUCUGUUUAUUUGUAGUUCAAACAUAAGUGUUACUUUCUGGGAUAAUUUCGGCCAAAACUUUGAUAAGCUUAUGAAAAGUGGUUUGGAAAAGCCAGUUAUUAUCAUCAUUUCAGGAUGCAGGGUUGGGAAAUGGAAUGGUAAACACUUUACUAUCUAUGAUGAUCAUUAACACUCCUUAUAUGGUUUCUGUAAUUUUACAUCGACUUACAGGUGAGAUAGACAUAUCAAACAACACAGCGACAACUGUAUAUCUCAACUACAAGCACCAUAGUGUAGUGACACUAAGGAAAUUGUUGACAAACCCUGAAUUUGCCAAGAAGGCUUUAGGAAAACCAAAAGUCAAGUCAAUGGCUAUGGCAACAGUUAAAGAACUUGAAAACCUGGGAAAAGAUGACAUUGAGGGAUUUUUCAUGGCACAUGUGAAGAUUACUAAGAUUGAUGAAACUUUUAGCUGGUUUUACAAUGCUUGCACAAGUUGUGACAUGGAGGUCACAGUUGGAAAUCCAUGUCCAAUAUGUGAAGCUUGCAACAGAUACGUUCCGUAUCCCCAGAAAAAGUUUAAAAUUCAUGUUGUUGCUGAGGACCAAACCGGCCAGAUGCCAGUAGUGUUAGGAGACAGAGAAGUGCGUGCAAUAACUGGGAGAAGAGCUUCUGAUUUUGCUGAUCAGGUAUUUGUCAUCUUUUACGUAUUCAAUUGACUGCAGAAAUCAAACUAAGAGUUCUUCACACCAGAUUU